AUGCGAAAGACAGACCUCCUUUCUCAAACUCAAUUUCAUCCACGAUUCGGCAUUCGAGCCUUCACAAAAACGGUUGACGAUGAGUUGAAAGUAAUACCCUCGCCAACUCUUCGAACAAAUUACUCUCCUCAUUAUGAAAGUGGAAAUUCAAGAAAAGCAGACAGGGAAGCAAACAUUCAUAAUGAGGUUCCAAUGAGGCUAGAUUACACAGUCCACGAGGGCAAUGCCAGAGACUUAAACGAUUCCAAAAUCAUAAAUUGGCGCAUUCAUAACAAUCGAUGGCCGGAACAACGAGUCUUUUCAAGUAUUCAAAGAGGACAUUCAUUUUCGAAUGGACACGAUUCCAUAGUAACAGACCGACUAUCGAAAUACCCCAAAAAAUAUAAAGAAGCUCACACGGUUUCAUUAUCAUCCUAUUUGAACAAACAAUGCAAGAAAGAAGUUAAUAAUUUCUCCCCAUUGUACCAACGCGAUAUACCUGAAAAAAAGUGGUUACAUCAUGACUCUACAUUCUCUGUACCCCACGAUAACCCGGAAAAUGAGUACGAAUUCGCAGAAACAGAACAAAAUCUGUUAAUUUGUCCUCAAUCGGUUCCUCUUCCACGCAAAGCAGUGGGUCCUGCAGUUAUUAGGCAUUCAACUCUACAGUUUAAGGACAUAUCAGAUAAAACGGAAUCGAACUUUUCGAUCGAUAAUUUGAGUCAAGUAUCAAUUUCUGGAUUUACGAAUCGGUGUGUAUCGGAAACACGCGGUCUUAUUCCUACAUCAACUUACAGUAUGGCGAGGUUACGCCAAAGGACUACAAAUCAGGAAGUCACAGAUCAAUCCUCAAAUGUCCCCAUUCUUGCCACUUCGAAUCAUCUUUUUCACGCUGACCAUAACAAUCUCGGUGACACCCUAAAAAACGAUUCGAUAGACCUCGGAGAAACAGGUCGAAUCAAUUAUCGAACAGGUAGUUUUCUAGGAAGGUUCACUGAUCAUUCUGGGGAGAGUACACGGAAUCGGAAAGUAGAGAUGGCCAAGAAUUCUCAGCAGACAAGGAGCGGACAAACCCUAAAUGAUUAUAUGGUCACAGGACAAUUGAAUGAACCUGCCACUUCGGCGAAGGGAAAUAAUUACAGCAACUUACCUUUGACUCAGAAUAGCCCUGUUAAACGUCCAGUUCCAAAAGUCCCAAUUGAACCGUCAAAGACGGCCGAACUGGAUCCAGUGUUAUCUCUUCUUCUCUCAGAUGUUUCCCAAUUGGAUGAACUUCGAAACAACUUUCGUGAUAAAGGUGUGCGGUGUUCGAAAUCAGUGAAAACACCCUCUUCAUCAGCUCCCCAUGAUAAUCAAAAUGAACCCACAAGCCGAAGCAUGGAACGAGAACUGCCGGCAAACAUGAAACAAACUUCUCCGCCCAUAAUCAAACAGGAGGAUGUUGACGAAGCCCAACGAGAACUGACCUCCAAAAUUCAUGAUCUUGUUGAUCUUGAAUGCAUUUCAAAGGCCAAAAAAUCUGAGCAAAUGAAGAAAUUGUCGUACAAAGACCGACCCUCAAAGGAACCGCCUAAAGAUGAUAAAGGGUUCUCCUUUCUGCGCGUACGGCAACAUCAAUUUCGUUGGUCUGAAAGGCAUCAGAGACCCAGUCCCUAUUCUGCAUUACGACCUCCAGUGUUGGAAGGUCCGGAAGAAGUGAAAGAGAGAGAGAUCGUUCCGGCCCUUAAAGAAUCCGCAAAACUAGUUGAUUUCACAAAAGGAAAGGCGGAGCCCGCUUCAAGGAUUAUUAGUAUGCUGGUUCCGCACAUGCAGGACGGAAUUCCGAUUUGGGUGUUUUCGGCGGGCCAGCUCAAUGUUCUGAGGAGAAUGGCGCAGACACAGAUUACCUUGACUCAAGAAGAGGUCUGUCCCUCGAAUAGACUAAUUAAAUGGCGUUUUGGACGCAAGUCAUCUCAAUCCAAAGUAUCGGCCUCCACUACUCCACAAGCUACUCCCAAAACUAGUCGGCAGGAGUUGACUCAACCUCCAAUCGCCAUAGUCCUCAACCAACAAACCGAAUCACCUCUCUGUGAUGCCAAACCUCCAUCUCUCUGUUCCACCCUAACCAGCAGCGAAAGCGAAACCUCACCAAUUGGUAUCAAAACUCCCGAAUCAACGAACGGUGAAACAGAGUUCUGGCCAGAACUCAAGGAGAGAGCUGGCUCUAGCACAGAUUUAGUUACAUUAAACUCCUAUGGAGCUAGCCGGAGCUUUAAGGGACCCGUGUUUGGUCGUACACUGGCCUUUUGGCAACAUAGAGUGGGAUAUCCAUUCCCUCCAUGCAUCUCCAAUAUGCUCUCCUAUCUUCAGCAGGCCGAGCAUGCUGCGCAUGGAAUCUUCCGAAGAGCUGGAGGGAAACUGAGGGUUCAAGCAUUGCGAGAGCGGAUUGAGAAAAAUAUCUACUGGAAUUCCUUCGAUGAGUGGCAACCAUAUGAUGUGGCUGAUCUACUGAAACAAUUUUUUCGAGAACUUCCAGAAUGUCUUCUCACCAACAAACUCUCCUCUACUCUUAUUAACAUUUUCCAUCAUGCGCCUGAAGUCUGUUCAAUUGACUUACUUCGGCUGGCAAUGGUCAGUCUACCGGAUGAAAAUCGAAUUGCUCUUCAGAGUCUCCUGCAUUUCCUCUACGCCCUUUCCCUACGAAGCUCCCUUACUCAGAUGAGUGCUCUAAAUCUGGCAAUUUGCUUGGCCCCCUCACUUUUCCAUUUUUCAAAUCUAAUGGGCUCUUCAACGUCAGUGUCUCCUCUCCUCGUGAACUUCAGUGCAAGAAGGCGGAAAAAACUCGAUUCACUUGGUGGAAUGGAUUUGAAGGACCUGGCUGAACAGGCUGCGGCCCAGAAAUGCUUAUGUGCUCUCAUCACCUAUGCUCCAAAUAUCUUUGUGGUGACCGAAAGCAUCGUGUUAAAGACACGUCUCGAUAGUGAAAAGGUCGACAUUCCUCGACUCCCAACUCUACUCUGUUCAGCCGACGGUGAUCCAAUUUUUUGGCUCAAACAACAGGUUGAGAUGCUCCUUAGAGAAUGUGGAAGCUCAUUGGCAAGAUCUGCUUCAACAAAUAAUGUUUCUGGUGUCGGAACUAGCUCUGGAGGAAAUUUGGUAGCAUGCACCGGACCAAGUUCCUUAAGUCCAUCUUCCAAAGGCUCUUUUGGAAAACCUUCUUGGAGUUCGCUACCGAAAGAAGCGCUGAAGGCGUAUAGCACUGAUUCCGGGGAGGGAGAGAAUCUGUCCGGUUUCGAGAUCGCCAUUAGCAAGUUGUCAAAGUCGAAUAAUCAACAAUACCCUUCAGGCUUAAUUUCACCCUUUAUUCGAACGUGGCGAUGUUCUCUCCUGUUCCCUAUUGAAGAUCCCCAGAUAAUUGCAGAAAAGUACUGGAAUGACAGAGCUUCUUGGGAUGAGAAUGUACUACGAGCAGAAGUAAUGGAAGAUCUUGUCCCAGAAAUGGUCCAAAUUCAACGAAUUCUCUUCAACGCCCUACCACCACAACCAGCAAGAGAAUGUCGAUUGUUGAGAGGACGUCAGCUGCUAUUGAAAUCAAGGCAUGCUUCUGCUUCAGCUCCUUACACAAUGGAUUCAUCGGCUAAUGAAGAAGAUGUCGCAGUUAUGGGAGUAGCCAUUGUUAGUACCUCUGUCAAUCAUGGAGUCGUAGUACCCGAGGUACCUCAGGAACUUAUGCCAUCUGCCCACUUCGCCAAAGAACACCUUCUAGUGGAGAGGACAAUUAGUCAUUCACGACCUGUUUGCAGAGUUACAAUUAUCUCAGAGGCUGAUAUUAAGGGUUUCUCCCAGGAAUGGUAUUCAUCUCAGUGGGGUCACUAUCUACUUCGACGGCUAUUAGCUCUGCGUCACUGUUUUGCUCAAUCUCCCAAUUCCCUUCAAGUUUCCAAUUCCACGCCACCCUCUCCUCCUUCUUCUUUAAAUCCCAAUCUAGCUUCAUCUACAUCUACUACUUGGAUCCUUGAUGAUAUCCCGCCUUCAACUACGAAAUCAGAAUCAGAAGAUCAAGGCGGCCAGCAUACUGACGAAGAUUCUUGUCACAAGGAAGCGCCCCAAUUGCUGCCAGACGAGAUUAAAGAAUAUUGA